UUCUGGCAACCCAAAUAUGAUCCAAUGAAAUGUGCCGGGGAACGUAUCUCAAUUUCUUCCGGUUAGUGGGUUUGACUUCACACCAUUCGCUCAAAGCAGUCACUAAAGGAGGAGGUCGGAACAGACUGCUCAACUCCUCCUCGUGUGCACCAUGGCGAGCCUUCUGCGUGCGGUGGCCACCAGCUGCUCUACUCCGCUCCUCAGUGGGGUCGCCUGCGCCAAGCUCCAGGCCGUCAAGAACGUCCGGACGCCCUGCCUGCGCUUCUUCAGGACCCAGCAGGCUCUCCAGUGCUCGGCCAGCCCAGGCGUUCCUUACAAACAGCUGACUGUUGGCGUGCCCAAGGAGGUGUUCCAGAAUGAGCGGCGAGUGGCCAUCUCCCCCGCGGGCGUGCAGGCCCUGGUCAAGCAGGGCUUCAACGUGGUGGUGGAGACGGGGGCCGGAGACUCGGCCAAGUUCCCCGACGAGAUGUACACCGCGGCUGGCGCCGCCAUCAAGGACGCCAAGGAGGUGUUCGCCUCCGACAUGUUGCUGAAGGUCCGUGCCCCCAUGUUGAACCCGGCACUGGAUGCCCACGAGAUUGACCUGAUGAAGGAGGGGUCAACGCUGGUGAGCUUCAUCUACCCGGCCCAGAACCCUGAGCUCAUGGAGCAGCUGUCCCAGAAGAAGGCCACCGUUCUGGCCAUGGACCAGGUGCCCCGCGUCACCAUCGCCCAGGGCUUCGAUGCCCUCAGUUCCAUGGCCAACAUCGCUGGAUACAAAGCCGUGGUGCUGGCAGCAAACAACUUUGGCCGCUUCUUCACCGGCCAGAUCACUGCAGCUGGGAAGGUUCCCCCAGCUAAGGUGCUGAUCAUUGGGGGAGGAGUGGCUGGUUUGGCUUCUGCAGGCACUGCCAGGGCAAUGGGUGCCAUCGUCCGAGGCUUUGACACCAGAGAGGCUGCCCUGGAGCAGUUCAAGUCGCUGGGAGCCGAGCCCCUCGCAGUGGACAUGAAGGAGGCCGGCGAGGGCCAGGGGGGCUACGCUAAGGAGAUGUCUCCUGCGUUCAUCGAGGCGGAGAUGAAGCUGUUUGCCAAGCAGUGUUUGGACGUUGACAUAAUCGUCACCACUGCCCUCAUCCCUGGUCGCAAGGCGCCCAUCCUGAUCACGAAGGACAUGGUGGAGAGCAUGAAGGACGGCUCUGUGGUGGUGGACCUGGCCGCCGAGGCGGGGGGGAACAUCGAGACCACGGUCCCCGGAGAGCUGUCUGUCCACAACGGUGUGGUCCACGUGGGCUACACUGACCUUCCCAGCCGCCUGCCCACCCAGUCCAGCACCCUCUACUCCAACAACAUCACCAAACUCAUCCGCGCCAUCAGCCCUGACAAAGACCACUUCUUCCUGGAUGUCAAGGAAGCGUUUGGCUACGGCACAAUGGACCACGUCGUCCGCGGCUCCAUCGUCAUGCAGGAUGGAAAGGUGCUUUUCCCGGCGCCCGCACCCAACAACGUGCCCGUGGCGGCCGCCCCCAUCAAGAAGAAGACCAAGAAGGAGCUGGAGGCCGAGAAGGCCGCCGCCAUCUCCCCUUUCGCAGCCACGCUCACCACCACUGGCGCCUACGCUGGAGGACUGGGCACGCUACUUGGCCUCGGCCUCUGCGCCCCCCAUGCCGCCUUCCCCCAGAUGGUGACCACCUUCGGCCUGGCAGGACUCGUGGGGUACCACACGGUGUGGGGCGUCACCCCAGCUCUGCACUCGCCCCUCAUGUCCGUCACCAACGCCAUCUCCGGGCUGACCGCUGUGGGGGGGCUGUCCCUCAUGGGAGGUGGAUACACCCCCACCAACACCGCUGAGACUCUGGCAGUGUUGGCUGCUUUCAUCUCCUCUGUCAACAUCGCUGGUGGUUUCCUGGUGACCAAGAAGAUGUUGGACAUGUUCAAGAGGCCCACGGAUCCCCCAGAGUUCAACUACCUGUGGAUGCUGCCCACCGGGGUGUUUGUGGGAGGCUACGGAGUGGCCCUUCAGUCUGGCUACAACAUCGAACAGAUGAUGUACCUGGGCUCCGGCCUGUGUUGUGUCGGUGCCCUGGGUGGCCUCUCUAACCAGAAAACGGCUCGCCUGGGUAACGCCCUGGGCAUGAUGGGAGUAGCGGGGGGCAUCGCUGCCACCCUGGGCCUCCUGAAGCCCUCCCCCGAGCUCCUGGCACAGAUGAGCGCCGCCAUGGCCGUGGGCGGUACAGCUGGGUUGACUCUUGCCAAGCGCGUCCAGAUCACCGACUUGCCACAGCUGGUCGCCGCCUUCCACAGCCUGGUGGGCUUGGCCGCCGUGCUCACCUGUGUGUCCGAGUACAUGGUGGAGUACCCGCACUUCGCCACCGACCCGGCCGCCAACCUCACCAAGAUCAUUGCCUACAUGGGCACCUUUAUCGGCGGGGUCACCUUCAGCGGCUCGCUGGUGGCCUACGGCAAACUCCAAGGUAUGCUGAGCUCUUCCCCUCUGAUGCUCCCUGGGCGGCACGCGCUCAACGCCAGCCUCAUGGCGGGCAGCGUGGGCGCCAUGAUCCCCUACAUGCUGGACCCCAGCUACACCACCGGCAUCACCUGCCUGGGCGGCGUGUCUGCGCUCUCCGCCGUCAUGGGUGUGACGCUGACGGCGGCCAUCGGGGGCGCUGACAUGCCCGUGGUGAUCACGGUGCUGAACAGCUACUCUGGCUGGGCCCUGUGUGCCGAGGGCUUCCUGCUCAACAACAACCUGCUGACCAUCGUGGGCGCUCUGAUUGGCUCCUCAGGAGCCAUCCUGUCCUACAUCAUGUGUGUGGCUAUGAACCGCUCCCUGGCGAACGUCAUCCUGGGCGGCUACGGUACUUCCUCCACCGGCUCCGGCAAGCCCAUGGAGAUCACCGGGACCCACACGGAGGUGAACGUGGACCAGUCUGUGGAGAUGAUCAAAGAUGCCCAGAGCGUCAUCAUCGUGCCGGGGUAUGGUCUGUGUGCUGCCAAGGCUCAGUACCCCAUCGCUGAGCUCGUCAAGCUGCUGGUGGAGCAGGGCAAGAAAGUCAGGUUCGGCAUCCACCCCGUGGCCGGCCGCAUGCCAGGCCAGCUCAACGUGCUGCUGGCGGAGGCCGGCGUGCCCUACGACGUGGUGCUGGAGAUGGAUGAGAUCAACGAGGACUUCAAUGACACGGACCUGGUGCUGGUCAUCGGUGCCAACGACACCGUCAACUCCGCCGCUCAGGAGGACCCCAACUCCAUCAUCGCUGGCAUGCCUGUGCUGGAAGUGUGGAAGUCCAAACAGGUCAUUGUGAUGAAGAGGUCGCUGGGAGUCGGCUACGCCGCUGUGGACAACCCCGUCUUCUACAAACCCAACACCGCCAUGCUUCUGGGAGACGCCAAGAAGACCUGCGACGCCCUGGCAUCGAAAGUGCGCCAAGAAGAGUAGAAACUCGCUCCAAGAGCUGGUUCUCUCCCCCCCCCCCCCCCCCAUCCCUGCCUGGUGCUGUGGUAGAACGCUACGAUAGAGGAGUGAGCUCGGUGAACAAGCCCCUUAGACGAGCCCUAGCUAUAAACAAGUUGCCAGGUACUUGACUACCGUAUAGUAAAGUUCAUUUUAGUUUUUUUGUUGACUAGUUCAUUAAUAAAAGAAGUGGAUGAUGAUGAUGAUGACGACGACGAUGAUAACUUUUUUUGCCCCUUAUUUUAAUUAGUUUUUUUGGUUGACGUUAAGUGUUCCCUCUCCAUAUGUUUCUGUCCUUCUCCUUUAACCUCCUGGAAAACCUCCUGCCCUCCUGAGCAGACAGGAAGCAGAGCAGCGUCUGGUACAUAACCCACUCCUGUCAGAUGCCAUAUCUUUUUGUAGGUUCUGGUGUGGUAGAAUAAUGUACAGUACUCGGUGUCAAAACACAACCACAAAUGUGCCCCUUAUUCAUGUUCUUUUUCUCUUCUUUUUUUUUGUUGUCUUUUUCUUUUUUUUUUCCGUUGUUUCAUUGUUUUGUGAACUUGUCCUAUGCUUGUGUGGACAUGUGACUUUGUGCCUAUGACAGUUAGUGGAAAAGACAUGAACAUGAACCAUUUCAGAUUUUUGAAACAAUGCAAGUCUUCUCUUACCUCCCUAAUGCCGUGAGGAUUUGAAGGAUCAGUGCCGAUAUGAAGUUAAGCCAGGCUAGUUUAACACAGCAUUUGGAGUGUGAGACGGAUCACUUAAAAAACCAAGCCGCCUUUUGUUAGCUUAAGACGUGAGCUGUUCCCCUGAGAGUAUUAUUUUCUUUUCUGCCAGUUAACUCCACAGCAAGAUGACUGAUUGUAAAAAAGCUAAACAGAAGGAAGUCAGACCUGCUUUAAUCUGUCAGAGCUUGUGCCUUAAGCUUGAUUGUAGCUCUUGUUUUUUUUUGGUUUUGUUUUUGUUUCUUUCACUGGGACCUAAAACCAUACAUUACCAAUAGAGGAUAUAGUACAUCACAACAUCCCUACCUCUCAUAGUUCAAACCCCAACCAACGUUUUCACUCAAACUUAAAUCAGUUCCGUCUUCUUUUUUGUUUUUGUUUUAGUCUAUCAGCUGUCGUUAGCUUUAACAAGGAAAGCAUGGUUUGGUCUUUGAUUUGGAGGGUGCGUUUGUGCUGUUGAAAGCCUGAUUUUCUCUAUGUUAAUCAUCUCUAUGUGAUGAAUCCGAACCACAAAAAACUACAUGAAAUGUAGACGCUGAAAAGCAUACAUUUUUUUUACCCCCUUGACAGAUGAUGUGAGCGAGGAAAAAAAAGAUUUGCUAAAUGGAGUAUUUUUUUAGAAUAACAUUGACUGUUUUUGACAAGAUGGUAUUUUAUAUUUGUCCUGCCCCCAAUGAAAAUGUUUUGUAUAAAAGUUGCCCUAAUUGUACUGAACUGUAGGCUGUAGGGUUAACCCUGCACAGUUGUAUACAGUAUGCAGUAAGUGUGUGUGUGUGGGAGGGGGGGGGGGGGGGGGGUCUAGAUAUUUCGUGCCAUGGUUUGUAAUGUUAUUGAAAUACUGUGAAAUGUCUCUUCUCUUGAGUUUAUCAUGGAGCAUCACUCUUAAUAAAAAAAAAACCCUGAUGUGAA